GUGAUGACCAUGAUGUUCGAGGUGCAGGACCUGGCCGUAGCGUCUCCAGCCACAGUGUCGCGCUGCGGGAUGGUGUAUCUGGAGCCCAGCAUCCUGGGCCUGACCCCCUUCACCGAGUGCUGGCUGCGCACCCUGCCCCUGCCCGUUCAGCCCUUCAGCCAGCAGCUGGCCUCUCUCUUCGACAGGUUCCUCCAGGACUCCAUCGCCUUCGUCCGCCAGUCCGUGACCGAGGUCAUCGCGUCUAUGGACAGCAACCUGGCCUGCAGCCUGCUCAAGCUGCUGGACUGCUUCUUCCAGCCCUUCAUUCAGAAGGAGGGGGAGAGGCUGCCCUCCCAGGAGAAGCUGUCCCGCCUGGGGGAGCUGAUCGAACCCUGGUUCAUCUUCUCCCUGGUGUGGAGCGUGGGGGCCACUGGGGACGCGCAGAGCUGCCGGCGUUUCAGCUCCUGGCUCAGGGACAAGAUGAGAGUGGAGAAGGUCCAGCUGUGCUUCCCUGAGGAGGGCCUGGUCUAUGACUACCGGCUGGAUGACGCUGGGAUCAGUAACGUGGCUGAGGAGGAGGAGGAGGAGAAGUCAGGGAGGAAAGUGUGCUGGGUCAGCUGGAUGGAGUCCUCCCCGAACGUGGUCAUCACCCCGGAGACCAGCUACUCUGACAUCAUCGUCCCCACGCCGGACACCGUGCGCAUGUCCUUCCUGAUGGACAUGCUGCUCUCCAACAAUAAACCCGUGCUGUGUGUGGGGCCCACGGGCACAGGCAAGACCCUUACCAUGUCCAACAAGCUCCUGAGGGGCAUGCCUGCCACGUACAUCACUCACUUCCUCAUGUUCUCCGCCCGCACCUCCGCCAACCAGACCCAGGACUACAUCGACAGCAAACUGGACAAGAGGCGAAAGGGAGUCUUCGGCCCCCCUCUGGGGAAAUACUUCAUUUUCUUCAUCGAUGACCUGAACAUGCCUGCGCUGGAGACGUACGGAGCGCAGCCGCCCAUCGAGCUGCUGCGUCAGUGGCUGGACCACGGCGGCUGGUAUGACAGGAAGCAGAUAGCUGGAAACAUGAGUAAGAAGGAUCCAGGCAAGUCCAUGCCGGAGAUCCAGCCUCUCAACAGGCCGCUGGUCGACGCCACCAUCCGGGUCUAUUCCACCAUCACCUCCCAGCUGCUGCCCACACCCGCCAAGUCCCACUACACCUUCAACCUGCGCGACCUCUCCAAGGUCUUCCAGGGCAUCCUCAUGGCAGAGGCCUCCAGCACCGGGGAGAAGCUGCUGCUGCUGCGCCUCUGGUACCACGAGAGCUGCCGCGUGUUCCAGGACCGGCUCGUCAGCCCGGAGGACCGGCGCUGCUGGGGUGUGCUGCACCACGGCUGUGCAUCACGAACGCAGGGGAAGGUUGGGGGCUGUGGCACAGCUGUGACAGAAGGGCCUGCGUUCUGUGUUUUCCAGAUGGUGCAGGUUAUCGAGGAGUACAUGGAAGACUACAACCAGAUUAGCACCACCAAAAUGAAGCUGGUGCUGUUCAUGGAUGCCAUCCAGCACGUGUGCAAGAUCAGCCGCAUCCUGCGCCAGCCCCUGGGCAACGCCCUGCUGCUGGGCGUGGGCGGCAGUGGGCGCCAAUCCCUCACCAAGCUGGCGUCGCACAUGGCUGAUUACGAGUGCUUCCAGAUUGAACUGUCCAAAAACUACGGCGCAGCUGAGUGGCGUGAAGACAUCAAGAGCAUCAUGCUGAAGGCCGGGCUGCAGAAUGUGCAGAUCACCUUCCUGUUCGUGGACACGCAGAUCAAGAGCGAGUCUUUCCUGGAGGACAUCAACAACAUCCUGAAUUCCGGGGACGUUCCCAACCUGUAUGCCCCCGACGAGCAGGACAGGAUCCUGACCGCCAUGAAGCCUGUGGUCCAGGACCUCGGUCAGCAGCCCACCAAGGCCAACCUGAUGGCUGCCUACAUCAAGCGCGUCCGCAGCAACAUCCACACCGUGCUGUGCAUGAGCCCGAUCGGAGAGGUGUUCCGGGCGCGCCUGAGGCAGUUCCCUGCGCUGGUGACCUGCUGCACCAUCGACUGGUUCAGCGAGUGGCCACCCGAGGCGCUGCAGUCCGUCGCCUCGACCUUCCUGAGCGAGCUGCCCGAGCUGGAGGACUGCCCCGCGGUCACACGGGGACUGACCCUGAUGUGCAUGGAGAUCCACCAGAUGGUGUCCAGGAAGUGCACGCAGUACCUGGCCGAGCUGUCCAGGCACAACUACGUCACGCCCAAGAGCUACCUGGAGCUGCUCAGCAUCUUCUCCAGCCUGAUCGGCAUGAAGAAGCAGGAGCUGAACGGCGCGCGUCUGCGGAUGAAGACGGGCCUGGACAAGCUGCUGCGGACGGCUGAGGACGUGGCCAAGAUGCAGGAGGAGCUGGAGAUGAUGAGACCCCUGCUGGAGGAGGCGGCCAAAGACACUGUGGUCACUAUGGAGAAAAUCAAGGUUGACACAGCAGUUGCGGAGGAGACGCGGGUGCGCGUGCAGGCCGAGGAGGCCAAGGCGACGGAGAAGGCCCAGGUGGCUCAGGCCAUUGCGGACGAUGCACAGAAGGACCUGGACGAGGCCCUGCCCGCUCUGGACGCCGCGCUGGCCAGCCUCAAGUCCCUGAACAAGAACGAUGUCAUUGAGGUGCGCGCCAUGCAGAGGCCCCCCCAGGGAGUGAAGCUGGUCAUUGAGGCCGUCUGCAUUAUGAAGGGUAUCCAGCCCAAGAAGAUUGCCGGGGAGAAACCAGGCACCAAGGUGGACGACUACUGGGAGCCAGGCAAGGGCCUCCUGCAGGACCCAGGGAAGUUCCUGGACAGCCUCUUCAAGUUUGACAAGGAUAAUAUCCCCGAUUCCGUGAUUAAGCUGAUCCAGCCCUACAUGGACAAUGAGGAGUUCCACCCAGCCUCCAUUGCCAAAGUGUCCAAAGCCUGCACCUCCAUCUGCCAGUGGGUGCGCGCCAUGCACAAGUACCACUUCAUCUCCAAGGGCGUCGCGCCCAAACGGGUAAGCAGCAGGGCUCUGGGGGCUGGGGGAGCCGCGGCGAGCAUCGGUAAGAGUCGGCGCCCCGUCUGAGGGGGCGAGGCGCUGGUGUGAGGACAGCGAAAACCCCAAAAAUAAACACUUAAGGGGGAAAAAAAACAAACGAAUGGAAAAAGAAAAAUGUGCCGCUUUGCACUGUGGCGUCCAGACCGGACUCUGAUCACAGGCCUGGCAGACGAGAAGGUGCGCUGGCAGGAGACAGUGCAGAGCCUGGAGUUCAUGGUGGAUAAUGUAGCUGGAGAUGUGCUGCUGGCUGCUGGAUACGUGGCCUAUCUGGGGCCCUUCACAGGCGAGUACCGGGCUGCCAUGGCCGAGGAGUGGCUCCAGGGGUUCAAGGAGCUGGGGGUCCCCCACACCAGUGAGCCCAGUCUCAUCAGCACGCUGGGGGACCCCGUGAAGAUUCGCUCCUGGCAGAUCACAGGGCUGCCCAAGGACACGCUGUCGGUGGAGAACGGCGUGAUCGCGCAGUACUCCCAGCGCUGGCCCCACUUCAUCGACCCGCAGGGACAGGCCAACAAGUGGAUCCGGAACAUGAGGAAGGACAGCGGCCUGGACGUGCUGAAGCUGAGCGACCGGGACUUCCUGCGCAGCCUGGAGAACGCCAUCCGCUUCGGGAAGCCCUGCCUGCUGGAGAACGUGGGGGAGGAGCUGGACCCCGCGCUGGAGCCCGUGCUGCUGCGGCAGACCUACAAGCAGCAGGGCACCACCGUGCUGAGGCUGGGCGACACCGUGAUCCCGUACCACAACGACUUCCAGAUGUACAUCACCACCAAGCUGCCCAACCCCCACUACUCCCCAGAGAUAUCCACCAAGGUCACGCUCAUCAACUUCACACUCUCUCCCAGUGGGCUGGAGGACCAGCUGCUGGGCCGCGUGGUGGCCGAGGAGAGGCCCGACCUGGAGGAGGCCAAGAACCAGCUGAUCGUCAGCAACGCCCGCAUGCGGCAGGAGCUGAAGGAGAUCGAGGACCAGAUCCUGUUCCGGCUGAGCUCCUCCGAGGGCAACCCCGUGGACGACGAGGAGCUCAUCAAGGUGCUGGGGGCGUCCAAGGUCAAGGCCGGAGAAAUCAAGGCCAAGGUGACGGCAGCGGAGCAGACGGAGCGGGACAUCGACGCCACGCGCCUGCAGUACGUGCCCGUCGCCGUGCGCACGCAGAUCCUGUUCUUCUGCGUCUCGGACCUGGCCGGCGUCGACCCCAUGUACCAGUACUCCCUGGAGUGGUUCCUGGGCAUCUUCAUGGCCGGCAUCGCCAACUCCGAGAGAGCCGACACGGUGGAGAAGAGGAUCGUCAACAUCAACGAGUUCUUCACCUUCAGCCUGUACAGCAACGUCUGCCGCAGCCUGUUCGAGAAGCACAAGCUUAUGUUCGCCUUCCUGCUGUGCGCCCGCAUCAUGACGAACGAAGACAAAAUCGAUAUGGUGGAGUGGCGCUACCUGCUGUCCGGCGGGACCGUGCAGGGCCAAACUCCCAAGCCGGUGGCGGACUGGCUGUCGGAGCGCGCCUGGCAGGACGUCCUGGGGCUGUCGGCGCUGAGAAGCUUCUCCGACUUCGCCGAGAGCUUCACGCACAACCUGGAGGGCUUCAAGAGGAUCUUCGACAGCGCGGAGCCACACAGGGAGGCGCUGCCUGCCGAGUGGGACUCCCGGAUGGACUCUUUCCAGAAGCUGCUGGUCCUGCGCUGCCUGCGCGCCGACUGCCUGACCCUCGGGAUGCAGGACUUCGUGUCGGCCCACCUGGGGCAGCGAUUCAUCGAGCCGCAGACGGCGGACCUCUCGGCCGUGUUCAGGGAGUCGUCCCCCUCCACCCCUCUGAUCUUCGUGCUCUCCCCCGGGACCGACCCCGCCGCCGACCUCUACAAGUUCGCCGAGGCCAUGAAGUUCUCCAAGAAGCUGAACGCCAUCUCCCUGGGGCAGGGCCAGGGCCCGCGGGCAGAGACGAUGAUGUACAGCGCCAUGGAGAGAGGAAAGUGGAUCUUCUUCCAGAACUGCCACCUGGCGCCCAGCUGGAUGCCCUCACUAGAGAGGCUCAUUGAGACCAUUGACAUCGACAAGGUGCACCGGGAUUUCCGCCUGUGGCUGACCAGUCUUCCCAGUAACAAGUUCCCAGUGUCCAUCCUGCAGAACGGCUCCAAGAUGACCAUCGAGCCCCCCCGCGGCAUCAAGGCCAACCUGCUGAAGUCCUACCUCAGCCUGACGGACGACUUCCUCGGCUCCUGCUCCAAGGUGGGCGAGUUCAAGUCCCUGCUGCUGUCGCUCUGCCUGUUCCAUGGCAACGCCCUGGAGCGCAGGAAGUUCGGCCCCCUGGGGUUCAACAUCCCGUACGAGUUCACCGACGGGGACCUGCGCAUCUGCAUCAGCCAGCUGAAGAUGUUCCUGGACGAGUACCAGGACAUCCCCUACAAGGUGCUGCAGUACACAGCCGGGGAGAUAAACUACGGGGGACGUGUGACGGAUGACUGGGACCGUCGCUGCAUCCUCAACAUCCUGCAGGAUUUCUACUGCCCUGCCGUGCUGAACGAGGAGCACGCCUACUCCCAGUCCGGCAUCUACUGCCAGAUUAGCACCACCUUGAACCUGGGCGGUUAUUUGGAGUACAUCAGGAGCCUGCCCAUCAACGACACUCCCGAGAUCUUCGGCCUCCACGACAACGCCAACAUCACCUUCGCCCAGAACGAGACCUUUGCGCUGCUGGGAGCUGUGCUGCAGCUGCAGCCCAGAGCCUCAAUCAGCGGGGGCAAGGCCCGGGAGGAGAUCGUGGAGGAGAUCGUGGGUGGGAUCGCAGAGAAGGUGCCCCAGCCCAUUGACGUGCAGGAAGUGACCAGGAGGUACCCCGUCCUGUAUGAGGAGUCUAUGAACACUGUGCUGAUCCAGGAGGUCAUCAGGUGAGACACAGCCCCUG